ACGCUCUCAUUUUGGUAGAGCCAAAACACAAAACGCAGAACAGAAGCAAAGCGAAAAAAAACAGGAGCGAUUGAGAGAGAGCCCAAAACGCAGCGUUUUAGACCUCCGAAAUGGCGACGAGUAAGAGCUACUACGCUAGGCCGAACUACCGGUACCUCUCCAGCGACCACCACCACCCAACCCUAGCGCCCGACUCCGCAUUCGAACUCGACGAGUCAGACAUCUACAACUUCGCCCGGUCCAACUCUCCCGAGUUCUGCAAACCGGUCCCGAGCUCCCGUGUCGUCUCGGCGUCCAAGAACCGGCGAUCCGAAGCCGCCGACCGGUCGGACCGUACCGGCGGUACGGCGGCGUCGCUGCCGGUAGGCAUUCCGGACUGGUCCAAGAUCUUGAGGGACGAGUACCGAGAAAACCAGAAGAGCGAUGACGACGACGACGAUGACGUGGACGGCGGCGUGCGGGUCCCGCCUCACGAGUUCUUGGCUAGGCAGAUGGCGAGAACGAGAAUCGCGUCGUUCUCGGUGCACGAAGGCGUGGGGAGGACCUUGAAAGGGAGGGAUCUCAGCCGGGUCCGAAAUGCAAUUUGGGAGAAAACCGGGUUCGAAGAUUAAACGGAAUUUAUUUUUCAAAACCAAGAAAUACAGAGAAAGGGGUGUACGGGAAUUAUUGGUUAGAUUUUAUUUUAUUUUUGCCUUUUUCUAAUUUUUAUGAAUUCAGUUUCUUUUACUUCCUUGUUUCUAAUUUAUGUGAUCAAGAUGAUCGUCUUUACGAAUGUAAUGUAAUCCCAAAUUGGAGGAUUGUUAAUUUAACUUAAUUUCAAUCUUAAUUAAGUUUUUGUGAGGUGGUUAAUUUUGGGUUUGAAGUUUGUAAAUUAUUUUUGGCAGAGAAGUUUGUAACUUCUUGAGGAGAAACGAAGCAAGUAGGUGUUUAGAAGUAGAAAGUAAAUGAUUGGUGGGUGUUUUUUAA